AGUCAUUAGGGGGAUGACAACACGGCAGACAUGUUGAUUUUAUACGCUGUGCUCGUUUUAUUCUGUGCCAUCGAGGCUUCGCAAAAUUACAGCAUCGGUGACCCACGGGCCUGUUAUGAUGGAAAGGGGGAAAGGCCGUUCUUGUUUGAGGUAAUGCCUGGACUUGGUUGGGAUAAUCUUGUGAAUGAGAAUCGAGGCGUUGUUGUGAAUUUUAAUUAUUCAAAAUGCAAAACUACAGAGGAUAGAAGAUAUCUCAUUCCAGAUGGAGUCGUAACCAUUCCUAUUAAGACAAGUCACAUGAACGUUUUCUCCAAGGUGUACGAUCAUUGGUCUCAGUAUGAAUCUGAUACGGCGUUUUCUGUAAACAACGCAGCCUCGGCAACCAUUAAAGGUGUAAAGAUAGCAGCAAGUCUGUCUGCCGAGUAUGAACACAUUAAAAAACAUCAACUGGAGGAUAAAUCAAUCACCACUAAAGUCCAAGCACGAUUCGUCCGGUAUACGGCAAAGAUUCUCCCCGACGUACAGUUAGAUCAGUCGUUCCGAAAUCGUCUUCUGAAGAUUGCCAACCAUAUUCAACAAAAUCGAAAAUUGUCGACAAAAUAUGAAAGUGAACUACUGGUUCGAGAUUUCGGAACUCACGUACUUACGAGUAUCGAUGCUGGAGCGUCUAUCGUCAAAGUGGAUCAGGUUGACUCUUCUCUUCUCCAAGAUAGCAAAAUCGACAAAGUUCAAAUAGGGUAUGCAGCAAGUGUCUCUCUUCCUGGGCUUGCAAGUGUCGAUGUAAACGAUAAAUUCUCUUACUCAAAAACUGCACUUGAAAAAUACAUGCGGAAUGUUAAAAACUCGGACAUCAGAGCAUACGGAGGUCCACCCAUGAAUCCUGAAAAUUUCACACUUAGUAAAUGGACAACUACUAUUGGAAAUGAUUUGGUUGCAGUGGAUAGAAAUGGAUUUCCUCUUGACUAUGUAAUCUCCACAACUGGGCUCCCUGAACUGUCUGAAAGUUUGGUUGAAGAAAUUGUUCAGAACGUUCGAAGUGCAAUCUCGUCCUACUUCCUUCAUAACACAUACCCAGGAUGCACCGAUCCAGAUGCGCCGAACUUUAGCAAAAUUUCAAAUCUGGAUGAUGGUACCUGUCAUGCACCUCUAACGAACCUUAGCUUUGGUGGGGUUUACCAAACAUGUCAGUUCCAGGGAGGCUUAAUGAACAACGAAAACUUGUGUGACAAACUUACUGUAAGAAAUCCUCAAACACAGAACUUUAGAUGUCCAGAAGGAUUUGAUAUAGUUCUUCUUUAUGAAGGAAAAGCACAUAAAGCUCAACACGAGCAUAAGUGCCAUAGAUGCUGGGCCUUUUUCAAGUGUUGUCACGACAAGUCUUAUUAUGGCUCAGCAACGUACACAUCGUAUUGGUGUCGUGCAAAACCAAACACACCUGUUCAAGAAAACAGUGGAUUUCUCUUUGGAGGAUUGUUCUCAGACAGAACCAGUAACUUUGUAACACAAUCAAAAUCAUGCCCACAGUUUUAUAAUCCAAUGAAGAUUGCCUCUAAUGUUUAUGUGUGCAUCAGUGAUGACUAUGAACUUGGCGCCAAAUCUGCCGUGCCAUUUGGUGGUUUCUACAGUUGUCAACAUGGCAACCCUUUGGUUGAUGGUAAAUAUGCAAAAUCUUGUCCAAAGGGUUUCAGCAACCACUUAGCCACAAUUGACAACAACUGUGAAAUACAAUACUGCGUAAGGACUGGUCAAAUGUCCGAACUAAAAUUCCCAACCGUUCAAAUCCCGCCAUUUUUUGAUGUCCCUGCAGAGAGUUUAGAAGAACCUGCAAAUUAUAUAAUUUCUCAUGAUUCUGAAUCGUGGAUCCAACUCAUUGAUCCCGAAAUGAAAGGAGAUAAACCUGACGAGUCGAGCUGGACAACUUUGAGUUCAGCACCCAAAGAAAUGGCUGCCCUGAUGAAGAAAUUCACAGGUAACCAUGUAGUGCAGGUGAACAGCGAUUCUGGGAUGUCCAAAGGCGCCAUUGCAGGAUUGUCCGUUGGCUUGACAACUGCAGUUUGUGUAGUUGUAGGAAUUGUAAUAGCUGUUCGGCGCAAUCGCAAGCAGAAGAAAAUCUAUGAAAGUUUUGAAUAAACUAUUUUUCGCCCACCGUGUUUUCCUGCAUGAUUACAUGGUUACAUAAUGUUCUACGAUGUGACGCAUGAUCAUGUUUUAUUUUUCUUCAAAUAUCGCACAUAAGAGAAAAGGAAUAUAAUCAUCUCGUGUAUACUUGAUUCCGUAUGUUGAUGGAUAAAAUGAUUCCCAGUGAUAAUAUCCUAGAUGAAGACAUGAUAUCGGUCACUUUCUUAUCUUCACAGACAAAUAUCAAAACAACGUGUUGUCUUUGUACUGGAGUACAAUCCAAAGAAACUCUCCAUGCCCGAUGCUUCUGAGUACUCUUUAUUUCACGACCGAUGCUUUCAUAUACAUGUAUAUUUUUUUUUUGAAUAUGCAUGUUUCUAUGUCUAAAUUGUGGAAUAUGUAAUCACACUGAGAUAAUACAUGUAACUCAACAAUCGGAUACGUGUACAAUCUGAAUGAUCGGAUCGCAUGUAACUGGAUUUUGCAUUUUCUAGAUUGUACCGAAAUUCCGUAGCCUGAACUCAUUUCUUUUACAAAAAUUAACGUAUCUUUAUAAAAUUUUAGAUUAAAGUGUGUUUUUGGUUCAUAAAUCUUGGGUUUUCUCGAAGCACAAUGUUUGUACAUAGAUAUUGUGUGGUUUAAUCUACGACGAAUCCAAUUUGUCUACGGAAUUUUGGCACAACCCUUGUGUAUCAUUCCAAUGAGAGAUCUUGUGAAGUGUUAGAAAUAACCAAAAAUUCGAGUUAUCAUGUUUCACAAAAAAUAGUUCGGUAAAAUCUAUCCAAAAACAUUGAACCAUUCAUUCACUAACUGUGUAUAUAAGAAAACCAUCAGUGAUUGUACUGCAAUUUUCCCCUACAUUCUUCUAGGGAAUCAAAUGACAUUCCGAGUUUUGAUCCUACACUGUGGGUAAAAGCUUCUAUUCAUCAGUAAAGGACAUAGGCCAAUAUUUUGUCAUACAUGUAUUUUGUCAUAUAUAUUCACUACAAUCAAUUUUCGUACCCCGUUCAGAAUAGGGGAUAUUACAUCUUUCUCUAAUUUUGAGAAUUGUUAAAAAUUCUUUGCACUCUCAAAUUACUUUCUGUAUAGAUUAUAUUCCAAUUCACAUUUUGUUGAAAUUUUCACAUAUGUUCGCAAAAUAGCUAGAUCUACUUAUAUUAGAAGAAUAUUAGAGAGGUUAAGCAUUUGACCGUGUGCGUCUACGUGUACGUGUAAACCCAAAAGUGAUUUUACAAGUACACGUAACUAACAUCGUGUUCUGUUUAACAUUCUGUACGUGUAGCGGUACGUGUAAAACGUCAUUUCAACAAGUCAUUUUACAAUCCAUUUGUAACAAAUAAUUCUAUGACUUUGAUUAAAAAAGAUACAUAGAUGUACGUAAUAAACUCUCAAUAUCACAACAAACACCGCCUGAAAAAUAUACAUUCUAUAAUUUGGGUUUAAGAAGCUACAAGUUCUUUCCUACGUGUACAUAUGAAUGUACACGUUGUGUACAACUUGUAGAAUUAUGCGCUAUGCAAAACUGAUGACGUACAUGUAAAUCGCAGUAAAUUAGGGGAUAUCCCUAGCUACACGUACACGUAGACGUACACGGUCAUCUGCUUAACCUCCUUAUUAACUAUAAUCAUAAUUAAUAUCAAUCAUCAAAUGCUUGAAAUUAAUUGGUCAAAUGGAAAUAUCUCAAGUUCACAUGGAUAAUAUACAUGUACAUCUAUCACUUUAAGAUUCAUAUCACACCACUGAAACUCAUAAAAUUUGGAUGUUAAUAAUGUGUAGUCAUUUCACAAUGUUAUAAAUAAGGAAAUGGUAGUACCAAAAAAUAUGGUUACAGCAUAUAAAUUCAGAUCUGAAGUAAUUUUCAUUCCCAGGAGUUUUUAAAUGUAAGGGUGUUAUGAAAUUAUCUGAUAUGAAUUAGAUGUUUACUUUAAAAAUAAAAAAAAAUUCUUCCCUGGCAA